AAAAAGGUGAGAGGCGCCUCGCGUUUGGCCUCUCCCGAACAGCUGCCGUGUGUGAGUGUGCGCGCGGGCUCGGGCUCGGUCUUCCCGUCGCUGCGAGUGAGUUCUCUUCAGUCAGCGCGGCUGGAAUCGCCACAUUCACACCCAAAGGAGCGCAUGAGAAAAACCCAGACUAUGGUUCACCUCCCCGUGUCUCAGGCCUUGGAUGCUCUGGCGUCACCAGAGCUGGUUGAGGAUGGGGAUUUCAGGCAGGAUGGCAGCCCAAAGUCUGACUCGCCUCAAGCCUUCACCGCCCUGCAGCUUGCCCUCAACCCCUCCGCCUCCAUCUACCACGACUACGACACCUACAUCGAGGAUGGCCUCAUCUGUCUCCGGCAUAAGAUUCGCAACAUUGAGAAAAAGAAGCUGAGACUGGAGGGCUACAGACUACGGCUAAAGAAAGGGGCCUCACUGAAUAAAGACCAAAUGGAAGCAGUGGCAAGGUAUGAUGAAGUGGUCCACAACCUAAAAUUUGCCAAAGAACUGCAGAAGACCCUGGGUGCUCUCACUCAAGAUCUGUUGAAGGCUCAAAAGAAGGCUGUGCAUCGUGAGCAGACUCUGAGGGUGGAGGAGGAGCAGAGACGAUUGAGUGUGAUGCUGCAGGUCCAGUACGUCCUCCGCAGUCUCCAGAGGGAUGAUGUCCGGAGGAGCUUCUGCAAUGCAAGUCAACAUGCUAAUUUCCUGUCCACACAGGAAGUAGAGAGCCUGCUGGACCUGGCUUCAUUGCUAGGGUGCAAGAGGGAUGAGAGCAUGAGUUUAGAGGAUCAGAUGAAACAGGCCUCUUUUGUUUACUUGGACCUGCUGGAAGGGAAAGACAAACCAGUUGCUGGCUCAACAUAUAAGCGUUUGAAGGAGAAGCUGCUGAGGCUGGUGAACUGUGGCUUCUUUGAUCAAAUCCCAACUCCUGAAAAAGAGACAAAAGGGGGUGCUGACAACCAAAAGCCUGAUGCUUCUGCCAGACCCUGCAGCCUUUCUGCACUGGUCAACUUGAGUUCGAAUGCAGUGCCUUCAAGAAAGUUUCUAAACAGACGCUGCCUGCCUGAGACAGACCUCCCUGGGCAUAGUCAGGAGAAAAAAGAGGACAUGACACCAAAUUGGAAGGCAGACCUUUUGGCUCUGAAAGAACAGGAGCCACCAGAUUCUUGGGAUAUGGAGUUUUCUGAUGCAGCCAUGUCCUCCCAGUCAGUGUCACAGAAACCUUGGAAGGGGGCUGCAGGAUUCCUAGCCAAAACCCCCAUCACUGUGAAGAGGUCUGCUGUUGAGCCCAAACAGAAACGGCAGCGGAAAAAUAAAGACUGUGAAAUGGUUGUCCCUGUGGAGGUGUUCAACUCUCUGUCCUCCCUGGCCAAAGACCCUACACUGCGCAGACAGCAGCUGGACCACCUGAUGGAUCAGAUCACAGGGUCCUUCAGCUUCAUACAGGACUCUUUGCUGGAUGGAGAGCCCUCCCCCACUGAUAGCCAGUCCAGAAGGCUCUGCCUGUCCCCUGGCCCUAGUACUCUUGCGCAGAGAGAGCAGAAGACCCCAGCUGAAAUUCUGCCACAGACUCAGCAUUCCACUCCUCUGCAUGCCCGUGUGGUCUCUGGAGAAGGCAAAGGCCUGCUGCCCAAUGGUGAUCAGACUCUAGACAGCUCAGACUUGGAGCUACAGUCUGGGGAUUCCACACAUGCAAAGCAAGAUAAGGGCUUCACCUUCCCACCCCUGUACAGCAGAGGGUCAUGCAUCACUCUACCUCUUGAAGAGAAGAACUCUAAACAGACAGGAAAGCUUUGUAAUGGAGAAAUGCCAACACCUGUCUCAGCACAGACCAUCUCCACCCCACCCAGCAGAAGAUCACUCACCUUAACCAGUGCUUCUCCCUUCAACAGCAUGCAUUCUGUGUUCAGUGGGGAGGUUCCCAUGACUGUGAGCUCUGAGCUGAAGUCUGAAAGUGGCUUUUCAGGCUCAAUGUGUCUGAGCUACAGUACACCUGGCACCCUGAGCUACUCUACUGCCAGCACACAGACACCACCUGAAUUCAGCCUGCCUCAAGAUGACCUGCAGAUUGAGAGUGCAUACCUGUCAGAGAGUGAGAUCAGUGCUACCAGUCAAGCUUAUUCAUCUCCUGGUCCUUCCUCUGCCCCUCAGUCUCAGUCCAGCCUUGGUCAGCACUAUUACCCCCGCAGCUCAUUCAGAGGUACGACACGUGGUGGCAGGGGACUUCCACACACCUACCGCUCACCAGGGGCCUCCAGAGGUGGUUAUGAGGUUCAUCGGGUUAACGUGCGCACCCCUGGUGGAGGCUUUGUUGCGCAGACCCACCGGGAGCCUGGAUCAGGGCUGUACAGCUCGCGGGAAAAUGGGUAUCAGUUGAACCACAAACGAGCUGGUGGGACAGCAGCUCAGAGAAACAGUUCUGCUGCUGGUUGGAGUGACUCCUCUCAGGUCAGCAGUCCAGACCGGGAUGGGGCAUACCUGCUGGACUCGGGUCAUGGCGACUCCCUCUCCAUCUCCCCCAUGGAGAUGCCAGUCGCUGGUCAGGGUGCACAUACUCUGCUGCCUGUGCACGUGUACCCGGUAUCCCAGCAGCUCCGUGUGGCCUUCUCAGCCGCACGCACCGCCAACUUUGCCCCUGGCACUCUGGAUCAGCCAAUCGCCUUUGAUCUGCUGCACAGCAACCUGGGAGAUGUCUUUGAUGUGUCCUCUGGACGGUUUUCUUGCCCAGCUGCCGGCACCUACGUCUUCAUCUUCCACAUCCUCAAGCUGGCAGUCAAUGUGCCACUCUACAUCAACCUCAUGCGUAACGAGGAGGUGAUGGUGUCAGCCUAUGCCAAUGAUGGAGCACCAGACCACGAGACGGCAAGCAACCACGCCGUGCUUCAGCUGUACCAUGGUGACCAGGUGUGGCUGCGUCUGCACCGUGGUGCCAUUUAUGGCAGCAGCUGGAAGUACAGUACCUUCUCAGGCUUUCUGCUUUACCAGGACUGAGUGUCCUCAUCUAAUAUCUGCUAUAUAGGCACAUACAGUGGGGAGGCCAGUUUGGAUCCGUUUGGCUCGCUAGUUACAUUGCGCUUGUUGCACUUUAAGUCCGUAUUAAUGCAGUUGCAUGCUAAGAGUUCCUGUCUAUUAGCUAGUCAGUCUUGGCCCUAAUGUUUAGACACCUGAAGUGUGUGCGUGUUUGCUCUUGGGCAUUGUUUACAUGGUGAUAUUCUAUUUUUAUGGUUGCUAAAAGGUUUCAUGCUACAUACUUAUUGCACAAAGUAUUAACUGGAUGUGGCAGCACCUUGUAUUCACUCAUUCCUCCAAGACUUCUUUCAUUCAGAUGCGACUGAGUUUGUUUUGGUGCUGAACGUUUCCUAACUCCGCUGACGCCAUGAACUCCUUUGUUCAUUUUAGAUGGGGGAUGUUUCUGAGCCAUACAUGUGAAGCCAUGUCUGCGACUGGUGCCUUUUCUUUCUGAUUACUGAGCACUUGAAUUGCUUACACGAAUGUAGAUUUAUCUGAUAAUACUUGACAUGUCGAGCACUUUAAAAGGGGACACUUGUGACUGUGUUUUGAGAGAGACUUGAACACUGAUUGCUAAGAAGGUUAACAAACCAAAUGGUCCCUCCUUGUGCCUGAAUAAAAGAUGUUGUGCAGUUUC